GAAUCCUUCUCGAUUCAGCGGAAAUUAGCCGUUAAAUCAGGUAUUAUUUUUUUAUUAUUGCAUAUUUCAACUUGCGACCUAGCCCACAACCUGGCCAUUCGGACGCGCUUUCCGAUGCUGUAUGGAACAACUAUCAAAAGCUCCUGGAUUAUUAGAACACUUCGACCAAAAUUUUGAUCGGCCAGAAGUGGGCGAUGGUGUUUUACAUGAACGUAACACUUUUUUACCGAAAUCUCCUCUGUAUGACUGCCAAGUUGAGGUAAAAGACCAUAGAAAUUGUUUAUGUUGUUUGAUAUUAGCCCACGGGACCGUUACACUUUGCAAUUUUAACAAUUUCCUCUUUUUCGGACGGUUUUUGUCUAGUGGUGUUAUUCACGAACGAUAAUUGGAGGUGAUGUUAUUCACGAACAGAAUAAUUAAAUGACUAUUUCAUGUAUUACUUAAUACUUUGACCUACUAUUACCUAUUUUUAUGUAUUCUUUACACAAGCUAAAAGUAACGUUAUGCAAUGAGCUUAAACACUGUAUACCGAGUGUUAGUGGUAAUAUGAAAAAGUAUCAAGUACGUAUAGUAUAUUGCGAACAUUAUUUUUUUUUUCUCAGAAAAAUGGAGAAGUCCGAAGACGGAUUGAUGUGCCGUUACUGUGGCCGCCAAUUUAAAAGUAAAUCGGGCCUUUCAAACCAUGAAAACAGCAGAGCAAAUUUAAUGAGACACAGAAAAUUCUCUUACAACACAUGUCGGUCAACAAUAUAUAAUCUUGUGGAGAAAGCAGAACCGGAGCAUACUGGAGACGUUGGGAUAAGCACUAGGAACACGGCGCAAAAUAACUUGCCAGACAACAUCACGCUAAAAUCUCAUACCUUUGACAUGCCAGAAAGAGGAAGACUUGCUGGAAAGAAUAAAUGCUCGACUGUGUCUCUUGAUAGACAUUCUUUACAGAAGGGCUCUCUUGGAGUCAGAUGGGAAAAGGCUAGAACUAACGAAUCAAAGAUGCUGCCAUCACAGCGAAUGGGAAUUCAAUAUGAUCAAAAUGAGACGACGGUUCUAAAGAAAUAAACUGUUAACCAUAAAGUGGAACGUUCAUUAUUUACAUUUCGGUGUCUGGAAGGUACUGAAGGAACUCAGCUUUGUUCUUUGUUCGACACAAUAAAUAAAUGUUGCAUUUAAUAGAUGUUCUAAAACUGAGGUAUACAUAUGUACAUACAUUCAGAGAAAUAUUCUUUCUAUUAUCCUUUUUCAUUGAGGUUCAAACUAUAGCACUAGUCUUUUUCAUCUGGUACCUUUGGACAUUGUGGUAGAUUCUUUAAAGUAUACAUUUAAAUUCGCAAUUUGUACACAUGGCUAUUUGUUAAUAUCAGAUGGAAUUAGAUAAUAAAAGUUCACUGGCAAAUGGCUUUAGUUUAUAUAAAUUGAACAUCUUUAUACAUGUACAGUGGGUGCAAGAAAUAUAAAGAACAUGAUGUAUUGAAAAUAUUAUUUAUUUACCUGAGAUAAUCAAGAGAAAAAUCACAUCAAUUUGUAAGUAAACAGUAACUGUGGUAAAAGGAAAUACCUUUAUCCCCCUACAUAUUUUCCUUUAAA